AUUAUUGGCACCUUUAUUGCAUUGGUAAUUCUCCGCUUAAUUUAUGAAUAUCAUCGCGAUCGUGGCCUUCCACCUGGUCCGCGCCGUCUUCCCUUCAUCGGCAAUAUCCACCAAGUACCCCAGGUCCUGCCCUGGCGCACCUUCGACCAAUGGAGCAAAAUAUAUGGCCCAAUAAUGAGCGCCCAAUUCGGACGGCAGACCAUCAUAUUCAUUGCAAACUCCACCAUCGUCCGAGACCUACUCGACAAGCGAGGGAGCCAAUAUAGCGAUCGGCCCAAAAUGGUGAUGGCGGACGACAACCUCAUGAAAGGCAUGCACAUCCUGCUCCGACAAUACGAUGAUCGCCUACGACUACAUCAGCGAAUGGAAGCCCCCGUCCUCAGUCCGCGAGCGUCCGCAACCUAUUACCCAGUUCAGGACCUCGAGAGCAAGCAGCUUUUGUAUGAGCUCCUUUCAUCCAAUAACUUCAGCCUUCAUCUUGAGCGAUACAGCAUCAGUCUUCUCUAUUCGCUGGCGUACGGAUUCAGGGUAGCGACGGGAGAGGAGCAGGACGUGGAAGAUGCACGACGCAUCCUGCAUAAUUUCGGGUACGCUUCUCGUGUCGGAACUUGGAUUGUGGAUGCUAUCCCCAUCCUCAAUAUGCUUCCGGCAUGUCUGGCGCCGUGGAAGCGGACUGGGGAGGAAUUUUUCAGGAUCGAGUCGAGUCUUCAUAUGCGGAAUAUGAAGAAAGGUCUGGCGAGCUCGGCUUGGAACUGGAGCAAGGAAUUUUCUGUUUCGAAGCAAGCGCAGGCGAUGCCACCGUUAGAGCUCGCGUAUGAUAUUGGGGUCCUAGCCGAUGCAGGGCUGGAUACAACCUCGGCUGUUAUGAAGAUCUUCGUCCUCGGAACACUGGCAUAUCCGCGCUUUCUUGGUGUGGCUCAGCACGAAUUGGAUCGCGUAGUUGGUCCUGGGCGUCUACCCUCAUUAAGCGAUAAAGAUAACUUGCCGUAUAUUGUUGCCGUGGUGGAAGAAACGCUCCGUUGGCGAUCUAUGGUUCCCGGGGGAAUACCUCACGCGGCGAGAAAGGACGAUACGUAUAUGGGAUACCGUAUCCCUCAGGGUGCGACAAUGGUUCCUCUACAAUGGUCUAUGAGUCUGAACGAACACCAGUUUGAGAGCCCGCUUGAGUUCCGUCCGGAGCGAUGGCUCAAUAAGCCCGAUGAGGAACCAUUUCGCAAUUUCUUUGGGUAUGGGCGGCGAAUUUGUACUGGAAGACAUAUUGCACGAAACUCAUUGUUUACGCUCAUGGCACGCAUUCUUUGGGGAUUUAAUGUACGGUCGCCUCUGGGAGUAGAUGGCAAGCCAGUGGCUGUGGAUGAUAUGGACUUUGGCUCAGGAUUUGUGUCUUUGCCGGCACCAUUUGAAGCAGUUUUUGAGCCACGCAGUGAGCAGCAUCGUAGGGUUAUGGAACAGGAAUGGGAUUCUGCGGAGAGGGAUAUCAACAAGCUCAUGGAUUCAGUCAAGGAAAAGCAAAAGUCCAUCGGACUGGAUGUUCGGGCAUGAACACUGCACACUGUGUGGGUGCAUGCUAUACGCGAUAUCAAAUGGACCAAUCAGUUAUGAAUAUGUACAUUGAGUAACAAGUAUCCUAUGUACAUAAUUCAGUUUCGUCCAAGGAUACGUCCAGUGACUUCACUGAACCACCGGCAGAACGUCCCUUUUGUUAGUAUAUGCAUAUAUAGACAUGCUUGAAAGAGACGUGAAGGAUUGUGCCCUUAACAGACCUCACAUUCAC